UAAUACCUCCGGUGACUACCUCGACGCUCUCCCGCACUUUCUAGCGCAGUAAUCAAUUGCUGUAUGCGACGUCGUUGACCCGAGCUUCGAAACAUCCAACCGCCACCAUGCCUAUGAUACUAGAUUCACCCGCGUCCUCCUCCACUACCUCCCUUCUCGAGAAAGACGAGCGCGAAGAACGCCGCCGACUACACCAUGAAGCCGACAUAAUAAUAGUGGGCGCAGGCGUCGUAGGAUGCGCUGCAGCCGUGGCGUUUGGACGGCAGGGUCGAAGCGUCAUAUUGCUUGAAAGGAGUCUGAAGGAACCGGACCGCAUCGUAGGGGAACUACUACAACCCGGAGGCGUUGAGGCACUGGAGAGGUUGGGGCUUGCAGACUGUCUUGAAAACAUUGACGCGAUACCCUGCUACGGCUACCAAGUAAUAUACUACAACGACCCCGUAGAGAUCCCCUAUCCCAAAGACAAGGCAGGGAAGAGGCCAGAGGGGCGCUCAUUCCAUCAUGGACGCUUUAUACAAAAACUACGGGCUGCCGCCAUGAAGACACCAAACGUGACAGUAGUAGAGUCCACCGUGACCGAUGUGGUCAAGAACGGGUGGACAGGACAGAUACUAGGAGUUGAAUGCACCACAAAAUCAGCGCAAGACUAUUACUUCGGUGCUCUUACCAUAAUAUCAGACGGCUACGCCUCCAAAUUCCGCAAAGAAUAUAUCCCCAACGCCCCCGAAGUCCGGUCCAAAUUCUGGGCCCUCGAACUCAUCGACGCCGAACUCCCAGCUCCAAGGCACGGUCACGUCAUCCUCUCCGACGGACCCCCGACCCUCAUCUACCAAAUCGGCACGCACGAGACCCGCAUCCUCUGUGACAUACCCGAGAAACUCCCCUCCGCCUCCGUAGCCAACGGCGGCGUAAAGGGCCAUCUACGGAACGUCGUUCUCCCCUCUCUCCCAGAAUGCACACGACCCAGCUUCGAGCGAGCAGUCGAACACGGCAAAUUCCGCUCAAUGCCAAACUCUUUCCUCUCCCCCUCGACCCAAAAAACGCCCGGGAUGAUAAUCCUCGGCGACGCCAUGAACAUGCGCCACCCGCUGACCGGCGGCGGCAUGACCGUGGCCUUCAAAGACGUCGUGCUGCUGCGCGAGCUGCUCAGCCCCGAGAACGUACCCGCGCUCGACGAGACCAAAGCCGUGCUGAAGCAGAUGCAGCGUUUCCACUGGAAGCGCAAGCACGGCAGCAGCGUCAUCAACAUCCUGGCCAUGGCGCUGUACAGCCUCUUCGCGGCUGACGACCUCAACCUCAAAGUGCUGCAGCUCGGCUGUUUCAAGUACUUCCAGCGCGGCGGCGCGUGCAUCGACGAGCCCGUCUCGCUGCUCGCGGGCAUCAUCGUGCAUCCCGCGGUACUGGUGUACCAUUUCUUCGCUGUCGCGAUGUACGGCAUCUGGAUCAAGAUCUGCCAGGCGCCCUUGUUGCAGAAACCGCUCGCGGCGCUGAGCGGGUUUGCGGUGAUAUGGACCGCGAUUUGUGUUAUUGGGCCGUAUCUCGUUAGCGAGAUCAGGUGGUGAGUUAGCUGGGGAAAGGGGGUUAGGUGUUUGCUGGGUCUCGGCGAACUUUGCGUAUACGAACUUGUAAUUUAUGAGCGGGUGGGCGACUUUAUGGGCUUCUGGGAGUGCGUAUGGGUAUCAAGACUUGGUAUGCUUAUGAGAGCGUCGCUCAAGUAGAGUGAUGGAUUUGUUGUAAAUCGCAUCUCCGUCCUAUCAUCGAUCAGCAGUUCUGCGAUUUGCUGUGGU